AUGAAAGUCUUGCCUUUUGGUAGGACGACGGAGGCGCUCUCGCGUCUCGGUCCUCCCUCGAGGCGCCGUUCAAGGGGUGGUUGGGGGCUGUGGUCCUGGUGCGUGCUGGUGGGUGGCGGCGGUGCUCGGCUCCUCCCCUCAUUCCCGGUGUUGGUGGUGGCGUGUUGGUCCUUUCACAACUUUCAGCAGCUCCUCGCCUUGUUUGCUGAUUGGUUGCCGGUGGUGGGGGUCCGCCUGUUGGAACGGUCUGGACGAAGGGGAGAUAGUUGUCUUCCCUCCGGCAGUGGCCCGAGGCGGCGGGUGGCAGAGUCAAUGUUUUCGUUCAAGCUGUCUGGAUCUUCACAUCCACGCCAAUUGAUGUCGUCAGGUGGCUUCGGCCCUGCUGUUCUGGCUGGGCGAGACCUCCGGCAGCUUGAUCGCAAUUUCUCCUGGUGCUUUGUUCGUGCUGCCCCUGGGCGUAGUGAAUUUGGCUUGUAA